AAGAACUUAAUAAUAGUGAUAUUAUUGAAUUAGAUGAAGAUAGUAUAAUUGAAGAUAUUGAUUUAAAUGAAAAUAAUUUAGAAAAUGAAUUUAUAUUAGCUAUGAAUAAUUUUACAAAAAUAAUUAAUGAAAAUGAAACAACACAAUUUAAAAGAGUUUUAAUUGAUUUUUCAAAUAAUAUAGAUAAUAUUA